ACCAAGUCAUACCGAGCCGAUAUAAUAAUUGAAAAAGUUGUACAAAAGAUAAGAAAAGUUGAUUAUUAAUACAUAACUAUUAAGAAAUCGUGAGUCUAUUUGACUACACUCUAGUUAAGUUUAUAAGAAGUUUAAUUGAGAAAAUUACUCAAACGUAGCUUAGAUUAUGAGUUCGAAGAACGUCCACCUACAAACUACAGAGAAUGGAAAUGCUAAAUUUUUAAAACAUUUAGCGAUAGGCUUCAUUCUAGUGCUAAUAUUUUUCACUUUUCCACAAUGUUGUAGCAGUCACGAUGAUUUUGAAGCUAAUCCAAGCUAUAAAUGGUCGAAAGAAGCUAAUGAGAAUUUCGACCCUAAAAGUGUAAAAAGUCACGAACAUGAGCAUCAUCACCAUUCUGACGGACAUCAUCAUGAUCAUGAUGGGCAUGAUCAUCAUCACCAUCAUCAUCAUGAUUCACACGGACAUUCACAUGAAUCUCAACAUACUGCCCAUAAACAUCAAGCUACAGCAAAGGAUUUAGACUUAGAUAGCAUUUGGAUUCAUGCUAUCGCAUCUACAGUUUUGAUUAGUGCAGCCCCAUUCUUUAUUUUAUAUGCUAUUAAAUUGGAUAACACAGAAUCAAUGAAGCCAAGACUCAAAAUCUUGCUUGCUUUUGCUUCUGGAGGGUUAUUAGGAGAUGCAUUCUUACACUUAAUACCUCACGCAGCUGUUCCACACACACACGGAGAGCAUGGUGGUCACUCACACGGACAUGGACAUUCUCAUGGUCAUGAUGAUAAUGACUCUCACACUCAUGACAUGUCAGUUGGUUUAUGGGUUCUUGGUGGAAUAAUUGCAUUUUUAGCUGUUGAAAAAUUUGUUAGAUUAAUUAAAGGAGGAGGAGGUCAUAGUCAUAGUCAUGAUAACAAACCUGUACCAGCUAAAAAAUCAGAAAAUAAAAAUGAAAAGUCAAAAGGUAAAAAAGAAAAGGCAAAAGGAAAGGAAAAAGAAGAAGUUGCAGUAGCAGGUUAUCUUAAUCUUGCAGCAGAUUUUGCACAUAAUUUCACUGAUGGUUUAGCAAUUGGAGCAUCUUAUUUAGCCGGAAAUAGCAUUGGUAUGGUUACAACAAUUACCAUACUCAUACAUGAAGUUCCACAUGAAAUUGGUGAUUUUGCUAUAUUAAUAAAAUCAGGUUGUUCAAGACGUAAGGCGAUGAUGUUACAACUUGUUACAGCCUUAGGUGCAUUAGCUGGUACUGUUUUAGCUUUAAUUGGUGCUGGUAGUAGUGAUAUUGCUCCUGCAUGGAUUUUACCAUUUACAGCUGGUGGAUUUAUUUAUAUAGCAACAGUUAGUGUUUUACCUGAGUUACUUGAAGAAUCGACAAAAUUAGGACAAUCUUUAAAAGAAAUUUCAGCUUUAUUGUUGGGAGUUGGUUUAAUGGUAGGAAUAGCUAAUUUUGAAUAAAAUAAAUUAUAUAAUUAAGAUUUUAUUUUUUACUUAAUUCAUUGCAAUUCAAACAUUUAUAUAAAUUUGAUAAUAUAAAAUGAGACCAUGUAUUAAAAUCAAAAGUUGCAUUAACAUUAUAGAUAACUAUUUUUUAUAA